CGGACGAACCACCCUCGCCUGCGCCAUGGCCGGCGGCGACGCCAAGGACCACGCCGCCGAGGCCCCGCCGCCGCGCCCCGUCGACCCCUUCCUCCGCUUCCUCAUCCCGGCCCCCAAGCCGCGCCCGACCGCGCUCACGCGCACUGAGCCGCCGCACCGCCUCAUCGCGCCGCGGGCCCCGGUCCCGGCGCUGCUGCGCCACGACGAGCGCCUCUUCAUCGUCCCGCCCACGCGCCCCGACUGGCUCCCGCCUCCCCGCCCUCGCCCGCCCGUCCCACCGCCGCCACCGCCUCAUCCUUCCCGCCGAUACCAUUCUCCCCCCUGGCCGGGCGCGGCGGCGCGCCCGCGCCCGCGCCCGCCGACGAACGACCUCAGGGCACGCAAUGCGGGCCGCUUCGCCGGUGCGCAUGUGAACGGCCCGAGGGGCAGGAGCCCCCUCGACGGUGGAGCCCGCUCCCUGCCUGCCUUCCUCCCCGCCCCGCACCCGCACGACGCUGGUUUCCUCCAGAGGCCCAAGGCGGCGGCGGCGGCGCACAAGGAGAAGAAGGCGUGGGUCGCCGUGCAGAGGAAGGCCGAGGGCGAGGAUCGCGCGGCGCUCUGCGAAGCCCACUCCCGCGGGGACGAGGGGGGCGUUGGUGAAGCCGAGGACCAACCCCAACCGGAGGGCGAGGGUGAGCGCGAGCAGCGGCAGGAGGACGACGGUGACCGCCGCCUGCUUCUCAUGGACCAGCAAGAUGACGAAAAGAACGACGACGACGUGAAGCGUUCUCUGCCCACGGAUGGCACCCAGGCCACGCCCCCACCGAACCGAGUUCCACGCCUGCAGGGCAGGACGCGCGGGUCACCGGCGGAACGCCGCCGCGACAUGGACGCCUUCGCGCCUGGCUUCCUCGCGGUCUACGAGUCCCUGAAGCCGUCGGGAGAGCAGAGGUCCAAGCAGGAGCAGCUCGUGGACUCCCUCGCCAGGUCCGUCCGCAAGGAGUGUCCCCACGCGCAGAUGCAUCUCUACGGAUCGUGCGCCAAUUCGUUCGGCACGUCGCACAGCGACGUGGACGUCUGUCUCGAGAUGGAGACCGGCGCCGAGAGCGCGGUCGAGGUUCUUGUGAGACUAGCAGACGUGUUGAGGGCCGACGGUUUCGAGAACGUGGAGGCAAUCACCGGUGCUAGAGUUCCGAUCGUAAGGAUGUCGGAUCCGGGAAGUGGUUUCUCCUGCGACAUAUGCAUCAACAACCUCCUCGCCGUCGCCAACACGAGGCUUCUGAAGGAUUACGCACGGAUAGACGAGAGGUUGCUUCAGCUGGCCUUUCUUGUGAAGCAUUGGGCCAAACAGAGAGGCGUGAACGAGGCGUACCGUGGGACGCUCUCCAGCUACGCGUAUGUUCUUAUGUGCAUCAACUUCUUGCAGCUCCGCGAGCCAAGGAUUCUGCCUUGCCUGCAGGCCAUGGAGCCAACCUACACCCUGACGGUCGACGGCACUGAGUGCGCGUACUUCGACAGAGUCGACCAGCUCCAGGGUUUUGGCGCCGGCAACAAGGCCAGCAUUGGUGAGCUGCUGUGGGGGUUCUUCCACUACUGGGCGUCCCAGCACCGCUACAAGCGCGACGUCAUCUCCGUCCGCCUGGGGAAGACGAUCAGAAAGCAGGAGAAGGGCUGGACGACGCGCGUCGGGGGCGACCGCCACCUGAUGUGCAUCGAGGAUCCGUUCGAGACCGGCCAUGACCUCGGCCGCGUCGUCGACAGGCAGACCAUCUGGAUCAUCAGGGAGGAGAUGGAGCGAGCCGCCACCGUGCUGCAGAACGACGACGACCCCUGCGCGACUCUCUUCGAGCCCUAUGGUUAUGACUUAUGAGAACUGACUGACUGAUUGAUCGAUCGAUCGAUCGGGGCUCUAGUGCUGGCUGCUGCAGAAACGAGGCUCUAGUGUUUGUUGAUAGCUCAGAUGACAGUUCUCUGGACAUUGUGACGAUAUUAAUAAAAUUCCGGAGACAGCAGAAACG